AAUUUUUGUGGCUGACGAUCCGAUUUUCAAGAGACGAUAUGAUGUAUCUAUGUACACAGUACGAAUACCGGUACGGCUUCGCAGUGGGACACUGUGUCACUUACUCAUGUUGCUGCAGGGAUUCUCCAGCAAAACUGCGGGGCAUGAUGUGCAUUGGAAGGAGCUCUGACUGGAACCUUGGAAGCUUCAAUGCGGCUUAAGAUAGUAGAUUAAUCAUCAGAUCGAAAGCUUGACGCGCUUUCCAUCAAACUUGACGCGUUCAUCUAAUAUGACAUUUGAACAACUCCAUUCUUGUACCUAUAAUUUGCCUGGAUUCUAGAUAUGGCUUCUCAGCAAGAUCUUCAGGAGCUGAUUCGACUAAUGACUGUCGGCAUGAGGGUUCCCAUGCGCGACGCUUUGGGUCGAAUCAAGGAGUUACAGACGAAAAAUCUCCGUAGUAUUCAACAGAUAGCCGAUUGUUCUCUUGCAGAUGUUACCUCUGCCAUUAAGGAUGCCAAAGCUGCACGAUCCCUUCACAAUGCUUGCAAAGCCCGACUUAAAAACCCUACGGCGCAACAAACAGCCAAGCGGCCAGGCUCUAAUCUGGAAAGCGCAUCGAAACGAUCGAAGCAGUCUGAAAAUGGAGAGCUCAUUCAUGGACCAGAGCCUCUUUCUCCGCGAGAAGUAGAAGCAUCAUUUACCUUACCUGUAGAAACCGACGAGCGGAUAAUUGCCGACACUAUACUCUUGACGAAUCGUGCCCCGCUAGUCCUCGCUUUUGCCGUUGAACUCUUACGAUAUACAAUGCCCGAACAGCCUCCUUCUAGCAGGUUGAGUUUAGCACAGGCAGUCGUAAGUGCUAACUCGAGAAGCAAGGCCGUCUCGCUCGGUAUGGAGAGCGGCCCCAGUGCCGAUGAGCAAGGUUGGGGUCAUGGGCAACCUAGGGUUAGAGUGAUGGGUCGCGAAGUGACGGUAUUGAAAAGAGGCGGUUACGAAUGGAAAGGGGACGAAGAAGUAGGAGAUCAUGAUAAAUUCAAGAGUGACGCAAGAGGUAUUGAUAGCACCACAUCAAGCGCGACGGUAACCAGCACUAGUCAAAACGCGGCGCCCGAAACAUUCGUAAAUAAUGUAUCGAGGUCGUGGUCAGCUAGCCAACCAGUGACUCUGAAGAAGUCAACUUUCAUAGUUCGGGCGACUCAUAUCACCAAGUCCUCUGAACGCCAGUCAGCGAUGCAGUCACUUUUUACCGCAAUACCUUCUCUGCAGAGCGCGAGCCACAAUGCUUGGGCAUAUCGGAUCCGAGUACCUACGAAUUUGUUUGGUGCAACUACGAUUAAGGAAGAGUCCUUCGACGAUGGAGAGGGCGGAUGCGGUGACUUCUUACUUAAGAAUAUGCGUGAGAUAGAUGCUGUUGAUACACUUGUGGUAAUGACUCGUUGGUACGGUGGCAUCAUGCUUGGUCCUGAUCGGUGGAGGAUAAUGCGAAAUUGUCUAAAGGAUGCAUUAGCAGAACGUCUUCGAGUUACCGGAGAGCAGGCGGCUCUGGGAGGUGAAGCUGUGUGGGGCUUGGACCUUGAAGCCAUGAGGAACAAAUCCGGAUCUACCGGCUCGGCGUCAAGUAGGUCAUACGAAGCAGGCGUCGUGGGUAUGCCUAUCCACCGACCCGAGGCAGCGAAAGCAUACCUCUACAAAAGCUUCGCCACGAGGGUGGACAAUUCCGACGGCGGCGUGGCUGAAUCCGCUGCCGCGGAAGGUCCCGUUGAUCAAUCAGGGGAGUUAUCUACUCCGAAAAGUAGUGCUCUAGCUAGCAAAUCGACAACUAAGAAGAAGACGGCCAAGGUAUUAGAACUAGAGAAGGAGGAAAAUGUCGCUAGGCUGCUCGGCGCCAUACGUCUCCUAUACGACAGCUGGUCGGAUCAUCUUAGCACAGGUGAGCUUGACAGACGAGCCUGGGGUUGGUAUGUCUCUGUACGACCCGAGGUAGAGAGUGGCCCUUCUGGUUGGGGAGCUAAGGGGCAGCUGAAGCUCGCCACCAUCCUUGCCCUUCGGAGACGAGAAGGAUAAAUGAAUAUAUCCAAUCAUACACGAAAACACCUUGGUUAGUCCGCCCUAAUUACCUACGUAUUAGUAGGGUGAGAAAUGUCGGGUCGGACCGAUGCGCCUCUGCGCCGAAUUCCUAAAACACACACCG